AUGAUCAAGAGAUGGAGUGACCUGGUGGCUCAUUGGAUCAAGUGUGUAGAGUCACGCUUCAAUGAAUGGGAUCAAUUAUAUAAUGAACCUGUUAUCGAGUUUGAAUGUGGACCAUUCAACAAGUAUCAAGGACAUGAGUACAUCAUCAAGUAUAUCAUCAAGAACCAACCAGAGACAAUCAAGUCAUUGAUGAUACUUGAUGCAAUGUCAUCGAUUGGAAGAAUGGACCUUGUUCAAUACCUGCAUGACAAUGGGGCAUCGGCAACAACACACGCGAUGGACCAUGCCAGCUCGUUGGACAUGUUCCUCUUCCUCCAACAACAUCGAACCGAGGGUCACACAUGCCAGGCAUUGGAGAUCGCCUCACACAAAGGUUGCCUGCCGCUCGUGGAGCAUCUCUACAACACCGCCAUCAACAAGUUGGAUCACAAACAUGCACUGGACUUUGCAGUCAGAGGAGGACACCUGGAUGUGGUGCGCUUCCUUCAUCAACACGGCCUUGGCAGUGGAGGAUACAACUCGAGGACCAUGGACAGAGUGGCAAUCAGCGGUCAUUUGGAGCUGCUCAAGUAUCUACAUCACAACAGAACUGAGGGAUGUACGCCAAGGGCAAUGAACGGUGCUGUAUAUAAUGGCCACUAUGAGGUGGUCAGAUUCCUCCACGAGAACAGGACUGAAGGAAGCACAGUUAUGGCGCCUCGACAAGCAGCAAAGGAUGGACAUCUCUCAAUCAUUCAACUAUUCCACGAGCAACGUCGCACUGAGCCUUGGAGCAUCAAUGUUAUGUCUGGCGCAGUGGCUUCGGGGCAUCUCGAUGUUGUGAAGUACCUCCACGAGCAUCGCACCGAGGGGUGCACCUCAAACUCAGUGAUGGAGGCAGCUGCUGGCGGACAUCUAGACGUGAUCCGAUUCCUUCACGAGCACAGACCCAACGACUCAUCUAUAUUCACACAAGGUAUCAUGUGCAACGCGGCCAAACAUGGACAUCUCGACAUUGUAAAGUAUCUCCACGAGCACAGGACUGAAGGCUGUACAGCGCAUGCGAUGGACAGCGCAGCACUUGAAGGCCACCUCGAGGUGAUCAAGUAUCUUCAUGUCAACCGAACUGAAGGCUGUACACCGUUUGCCAUGCACUACGCCGCUGAGAAUGGUCAUUUGGAGAUAGUUCGCUAUCUUGUUGAGAAUCGCACAGAGGGCUGUCAAGAAACAACAAUGGACUAUGCUGCGACUAAUGGACAUUUGGCCGUCGUCACCUACCUGCACCACGCACAGAAGUUGAAGAGGACGAUUGGACAAUUGGACAAUUGCUGCAGUACUGGGGCUAUGGACGGUGCAGCGGGCAAUGGAUACCUGGACAUCGUCCAAUUCCUUCAUUACAAUCGCACUGAAGGCUGCACACCGGAUGCAAUGGACCAGGCUGCCCACGAUGGAUACUUGGACAUCGUUCGAUUCCUGCACGACAACAGAACAGAGGGAUGCAGGUUGUGGACCAUGGACACUACCGCCAGGUAUGGUCAUUUGGAAGUGCUUAGAUUUCUCCAUGACAACAGAACAGACUGCUGCUGUACGUUUGAGGCCAUGAACAAGGCGGCAGCCUAUGGACACUUGGAUGUUGUCCGCUUCCUUCACGAGAAUCGCAGUGAGGGGUGCACAACCCGCACUUUGGACCAGGCUGCAAGGUACGGUCACACUGAGAUGGUGAGGUAUCUCUUGGACAACCGAACAGAGGGAUGCACUGUGGAUGCCUUGAACUUGGCUGCCAGGCACGGACAUCUGGGUACUGUCAAGCUGUUGCAUGCGAGAGGAAUCGAGGGCAGUGACCAGGCCAUGGAGUACGCCGCAGAGAAUGGACACGUGGAUGUAUUGCGAUUCCUUCAUUUCAACAGCACUCAAGGAUGCACAUCCAAUGCGUUGGCACUGGCUGCCGCGAAUGGCAAUAUGGAUAAGUAUGACAUAGAUAUGUUGUUCAAACGAUUGAUCAACAAUCGUUAUAUAUCUACUCAGUUGUUCAAUCAUAUACAUUUUAUAAGCAACAGUGGCGACAAGACUAAAGUCAAGAUCAAGAUCAAGAGAUGGAAUGACCUGGUGGCUCAUUGGAUCAAGUGUGUAAAGACACGUUUCAAUGAAUGGAAUGAGGGGUGUAGAGAAUCACCAAUCGUGUUUGAAUGUGGACCAUUCGACAAGUAUCAAGGACAUGAGUACAUCAUCAAGUAUAUCAUCAAGAACCAACCAGAGACAUUCAAGUCAUUGAUGAUACUUGAUGCAAUGUCAUCGAUUGGAAGAAUGGACCUUGUUCAAAACCUUCAUGACAAUGGUGCACUGGCAACAACACGCGCGAUGGACCAUGCCAGCUCGUUGGACAUGUUCCUCUUCCUCCAACAACAUCGAACCGAGGGUCACACAUGCCAGGCAUUGGAGAUCGCCUCACACAAAGGUUGCCUGCCGCUCGUGGAGCAUCUCUACAACACCGCCAUCAACAAGUUGGAUCACAAACAUGCACUGGACUUUGCAGUCAGAGGAGGACACCUGGAUGUGGUGCGCUUCCUCCAUCAACACAGCCUUGGCAGUGGAGGAUACAACUCGAGGACCAUGGACAGUGUGGCAAGCAACGGUCAUUUGGAGCUGCUCAAGUAUCUACAUCACAACAGAACUGAGGGUUGUACGUCAAGGGCAAUGACCGGUGCUGCAUAUAAUGGCCACUAUGAGGUGGUCAGAUUCCUCCAUGAGAACAGGACUGAAGGAAGCACUGCGGAGGCGCCUCGACAAGCAGCAAAGGAUGGACAUCUCUCAAUCAUUCAACUAUUCCACGAGCAACGUCGCACCGAGCCUUGGAGCAGCGAUGUUAUGUCUCACGCAGUGGCCUCGGGGCAUCUCGAUGUUGUGAAGUACCUCCACGAGCAUCGGACCGAGGGCUGUACAGUGGAAUCGAUGGAUCGAGCAGCACAUAAAGGCCACAUCGAGGUUAUCCGAUUCCUUCAUGUCAACCGAACCGAGGGCUGUACACCGAACGCCAUGCACUACGCUGCACAGCUAGGCCAUCUUGAUGUAGUUCGCUAUCUUGAUGAGAACCGCACAGAGGGAUGUCUAGUUAACACCAUGGACUUGGCUGCGACCAAUGGACAUCUGGCCGUCGUCACCUACCUGCACCACGCUCAGAAGAUGAAGAGGACAAUUGGCCAAUGCUGCACUACUCUGGCUAUGGACGGUGCUUCCACUAAAGGACACGUGGAAAUCGUCCAAUUCCUUCAUCACAACCGCACAGAAGGCUGCACACGGGAUGCCAUGGACGGUGCUGCCAUCAAUGGACAUUUGAACGUAAUUAGUUUCCUCCACACCAGCAGAACAGAGGGAUGCGGGCCAUGGGCCAUGGACUAUGCUUCCAGGCAUGGUCAUUUGGAAGUUGUUAGAUUCCUUCACAACUAUUUAACAAAGUGCUGCACUAUUGAUGCCAUGGACGGUGCUGCAGCAGGUGGACACUUGGAUGUGGUCCGCUUCCUUCACGAGAAUCGCAGUGAAGGGUGCACUGUACGAGCAGUGGACCAGGCUGCAAUGAAUGGUCACAACGAGAUUGUGAAGUAUCUUUUGGACAACCGAACAGAGGGUUGUACAAAGGAGGCAGUGGACUGGGCGGCCAUGAAGGGACAUCUGGAUACUGUCAAGCUGUUGCAUGAGAGAGGAAUCGAGGGCAGUGACAAAGCUUUGAAGUACGCUAAAGAGAAUGGACACUUGGAUGUAUUGCGAUUCCUUCAAGUCAACAGCACUCAAAGAUGUGCAUCCAACGCAGGAUAUGGCAUUCUGGACAACAUAGAGUAG